GUUUCAAAACGUCCAAUUUACUGUUUCGGUUGGAGUUUAUUGUUCCUGGCUGGAAGGAGUAGACACUGUUGUGACAUAGUUGCGCAUCGUAAACCAAAAGAGCGGCUCACACUUGARUGGGGCAUGCACGCUAUGUUAUUUUAAGUCACACAUCAUAACGCAGCUGCUUGGCUCAUUUAACUUCCAUCUGACUGUCUCAUUGACGAGACCUUAGUGUUUGAAGUGCUACAAACCUUCAGAAUGAAAGAAACCUACAAACAACGCAGAGAGUCGGAGUGAAAACCCUCAAGGAAGCUCGAAUAGGUCCGGGAAAUUCCGAUUGACUUCUUGAUUGCCAUUGUGUCGUUCUACAAAUAAAACAGUCAACUGAAUUUCAGAAUGGCACAACAAGACCUCUCUUACGUAUUCCAGCCAGUAAUUCAUGAGCCACUGUCUCGUCAAGAUGUCUUGAGCCUUACAGAAUAUUCACUACAGCAUCCAGGUAUGGAAAGUCAUGCCACUUCAGUAAUGAGCGCCGGAGAAGAUGAAUCAAGACCUUUAUCUCCAAAUUCUGUAAUUGAGGAAGAAAGAGAUGCCAUUGCUAAUAUUGAAGAGGCAGAUAACUGCAAACGAGAUCAUCCUCGCAAAGCCAUGUCUCUGUACUUGAAAGCUGGCAAAGCGCUGGUUUUGUGCAGUCAAGCCGACGCUGCGUUGAAAUGUUUUAGAUCGCUUAUUCUCCUCGCAACAGAUCAAUUAUCCAAAGUCGUAAAUGAAAAACAAAAACUUACAAAGUUACGUAGGUCAGAGACUAGCGUAGAGGCCAUCGAAAGAAAGGAUAAGAAGAAAGUUACAAGAGCUAAAAGUUUCGACAUACCAAAACGAGGAGAACCAAAACAACCUCRCAUUCGGCCUGCGAGAAACUGCAACUCAGUAUCUGACAGUCAUGAAACAGAAAAGGAAGAACAUUUAGUCAUCGAAGAAAACUCUGUUGAAAUACAAGAAUCCGCUAACGAAAAUCACUGCGAAUUCAUCGCUGUUCAAGAAAUUCAAAAUAUCGAUGUAAACAAUGGCGAAGUUGUGAGCUGCGAUAGCCAAGAAAUACUCGUAACCGAAGAAGUUUGUGUAUKKGAUCCUGUAAUGGAAGUCGGCAGCCAAGAAGACGUUCCAGUAUUUUCUGUGACUGAAGUGAAAGACGUAGGAGAAAGUGAGGAAAUGACAAUGGCAUGUGAAACAACGGACUUAAAUGUGUGUGAAGUAAACUGUUUUGAGACCGAAGCGUCGUUAGAUUUUGAAGUUGCUAUGGUUGAGUCGUUGGACGACUCGGCCAGUACUCACAGUUCUGUAAGUACAGAGGACAUCGUAAAAACUGUAAAUACAGAGAUUGUAAUGAUGGAUUGUAGUGAAGUUAUAAUGACUGCCGAAGAAGUUCCAUCCAAUCCACAACAGAACGCUUUUAUCAGAAGAGGGUAUGUCGUUAGUGAACUUAUAGACACAGAACAGAAUUAUAUACGCGACCUUGGGGAUGUUAUUAAGGGUUAUAUGGCGGCUUUGUCAAAAGAAUUUAACGUUCCAAACGAAAUAAAAGGGAAAGAAAAAGUAAUUUUUUCCAAUAUUCAGGACAUACAUAAGUGGCAUUCUUCGAUAUUUUUUGAAAAGUUAAAACCAUGUGAAGAUGAUCCAUCGAUGUUAGGAAAAGCGUUCGUAUCUUCAGAAUCUAAACUCGAAGAACUCUACACUAUUUACUGCAGAGCAAAACCUAAAUCAGACCUGCUGGUCCUUCCUUAUAAAGAUACGUUUUUCAAAGAAUGUCGGAGGAGAUGUGGUCAGCGUCUUCAGCUUCCUGAUUACCUUAUAAAACCAGUCCAAAGGAUUACAAAGUAUCAACUGCUCUUGAGGGAUAUCUUAAAGUUUACCGAGAGAGCCGGGGAAGAUGGCAGCGAAAUACAGCAAGCAAUAGACGUCGCGUUAAGGAUCCUUAAACGAACCAAUGACAUGAUAGCCGUUGCUAUGAUACAAGGAUUUGACGCAAAACCAGAAGAAACCGGAGAACUGCUCCUUAGGGAAACUCUAGAAGUCGCCGAAGGAAAAUAUCGACAAAAAGUCAAAGAACGAGCUGUUUUUCUCUUUGAAAGACUCAUUGUUGUCACAGAUGCAGUGGAGAAGGAAGGAGGAGUAACAGAGCUUCGUUUCCAAAACAGCAUAAAGACACAAGGCCUUGGUAUAACUGAGACGGUUGACAGCGAUCCUUGCAAGUGGGCCGUGUGGUUACGGAAACGAGGAAGCUCAGAAAUAUAUGUUUUAAAAGCGCCAUCAACACAGAUUAAAGAAACGUGGAUGAAAAGCAUCAAAGAAAGUAGUCAGAARAAGAAAGGUCACGGAAUGUUGAGAUCUUUGUAUCGUUCAAGGACGUUUAAAAGGGAAGAAUCAGAUACUAAAGAAAUGCUAGAUUCACUAAGUCCAACAAUGGACGAUGACGAAUCUCCAAAGCACCAUAGCAGUCGAAAAUCGUCCAAACGAAAACCAUCCAAAGUCAUAACAAGAAAGAAGAAAAGCAGAGACAGUGUCAUUUCCGACAGACUUAAAGAAAACAUAUUGAAGUUUCGCGCUGAAGAACAGAUGAUGAAUGUGGAAGAAACAGCGGAAGUGACGUAUGCUGAGCCUCCAAACAGUCUAACGACGUUAUCGCCUGACAGUAGUCUSMCCCAGUCUCCCAAAGAAGAGUCAGUAUCAUUAAUUGAGCAAAGAGCAAAGAUAGAAGCCGAGGAAAACCAGCUAAACAAAGUUCUGAUGUUAACUCGCUUGAUAGCAGCUAGAAUUUUACAAACCAAGGAUUCUACUGAGUCUUUGACGUAUUACGGUGACGUCAUAGCUAGUGUUCUACCAAUCAAUGAGCUUAGAAGACAUCAAGAGAAUUUCACUGCCCGAGAUUCACUUCUUGAAUGUUGCACUGAGAUCUACGAGAACUGGAGACGAGAAAACCUUUGUGAGAGUACCGACAUUGAAGAGCGAUACACUUCGAUGACAAGUCUUCUGAGUGAAACAGCGGGGUUCUGUAGUGUACAUAAAGGCAACUCUUGGUCUGUAGUUUUGUAUUCUGUGUGUGCGAUGGCGGGAGGACGCGAACAAAAAUGGCGGGAUGCUUCGCAGGCGUUUUAUCGUUUAUCUCUAGUGUACAGUGCUUUACAAGAAACAAGCUGUGCCGUUGACAGUUUAGUGGACGCUCACUGGAUGUCUUGUCAAGCUGGAGACUAUCARGGAGCAGUGAACUUCUUCUAYAAUGCUUUUAUAAGAGCACUUGCUUGUCGUGACUUAAUGCGAUGUUUGCGGUUUGAACAACAAGGGGUGUUUCUAAUGGAACGACUGACUCCCAAAGAUGGCAAUAAYAACUGCAAUUCAGAAACAGACGACAACGAGUCUCGAGGGCUUGUCUCUCCCCAGCAUCUUACAUUCCUCAUCAAUAUGAGUCGAGCGACUAGACGGAAGGACUGGGCCUGGUUUGAAUUCGCUGAAUCUGAACUGGCUUUGAUUGCGAGUAAUAGCAGUGGUCGACAAGCAGAUGCCAUUCUGUCGGCUGUUUAUCAGAAACUAAAAAGAUUUAUUGGAGAAUCGAUACCAUCAUGACGCGACUUGUACAGAACGAACUCCUUGCGGCACAAAAAUGUUUGUUGACACCAGACUCCAAGAAUUAACACCAGAAAUUGCAAUAACUGUACAAAAAUAUGAAUUUUUUAAAACUCCUUAUUGGAUUGAAUUAGAAGUCAAGCAGAAAUUAAUGAAGACAUUCAAGACUGGAUGGAUUAGGUACUUUUACGCGUGACAYGGCAUGAAAWAGAUGCUCUACAAUCUAUAGAAAUAAGGCCUCUUGUCCUUAGCGACCCUAAAUAUUGAUAGCAGAUUACAGAUAUUAUUAUCAUUAAUAAAGUAUUUUAUUAUAUAGUCA